AUGAGUACAUUGACACGCAAAUGGCAAUAUUCAAGUACAAAAUGGUGGGGGGUCAUGUGUAAUACAGUGGAUAGAGACGAGUGAAAUAGUCCAUAUUGUACACACGAGCGUGAAGAAAAAAAAAUGGCGGGGAUAGAGAGGAAAGGAGGGUGGUUGUAAUGGUAGACACUGAAGAAUUGUCUCGGCUUACAGGGUAGUGGGGAAAGUAGGUCCAUUUGGGGAUAACAGAGAGUGGGGGUAAACCUUCCAAACUGUUCUUUGGCUGCAGGCAGUGUACCAGCAGUACCUCUGUCAUUUGUGAUUGGAUCUGACGUAUAAUUCGUUUGUGACUCCCUUCAUUCCCCCCCGCACUUUUUCAUCGAGCGAGUGUUCAAACAGGGUACAUGUGAUUUGUUAACCAAUUUGACAGGAUUCAGAUUAUAAUUGCGAAUGGAGGUGAGAAAUUAACUGGGUUUCAUGGAAGAGACGAGAAACAACGGUUCGUACGGUGUGUGAAUACGGAAGGGAACGCGCCAGUGUUGACGGGAGGCGUCUAACCGUCUCAUUCAGUUUGACGAAUUUAACAUCGACGAGGGGAACAAAACAGAGCGUAAAAUCAGCCAUGCUCUUCAAAGCUGGUGCGAGGGAUUUCCUGCGUUAUUUUACGGCAUGAAGUGUCCCAGGAAUACACUGUCUCCUCGAUUUUCCUGAACAACUUCAUAACGCAGUGCGAUGCAUUCGAAGGACGAAUGAGUUUAUUCGAGGGGGAGACAGAUCAUUGAUAAGUGGUGAUAGAGGGGCUUGAGGAUACACGAAAUUUUGACAGAAGAGAAGAAAAUAUUCAGGAAGAUGGACGCCAAUGUAGAGAGAGAGUGCAGCGCCCUGGGCGGACUUUUCAAUCAAAUCAUUGCUGAUAUGAAGAAUGGAACACCUCUGUGGGAAGACUUAAUAUCGAAGGCAACAAAACUUCAUGCUUGUCUGAGAGCAGCUAUUCUAGCAGUAUCAGCCUAUCUCGAAGCCUUCCAGAAGAUUGCUGAUGCUGCGACCAACGCCAAAGGUGCAACGAAAGAAAUUGGUACUGCCUUGACUAGGAUAUGUCUGCGUCAUAAGGCUGUUGAAACGAGGAUGAAAUCAUUCACAUGCGCAAUUAUGGAAAGACUGGUGAUGCCCCUCCAAGAGAAACUAGAAGACUGGAAAAAAACCCUAAUAAAUCUGGAUAAAGAGCAUGCUAAAGAGUACAAAAGAGCCAAAUCCGAGUUGAAGAAGCGUUCAACCGACACAUUAAGACUGCAAAAGAAAAAGGCAAGGAAGGGCAUUGUCCAAAGCCACGGCCACAGCCAAACCGCUACCCUCCAAACCCAGGGCAAUCGUAUCGAUGAUUCUGAAUUAAACCGAUUACUCGAGUCAUCGGAGGCUAGUGUUCACGAGAAACGCUUGAGUUUGGAAGAGACCGAGCGUAAAGCAGUGCGGGCUGCACUCUUGGAAGAGCGUGGACGUUUCUGUCAGUUCGCCAAAUUUCUGAGACCGGUGCUAGAUGAAGAAAUAUCCAUGCUGAUGGAGCUGACGCAUCUGCAAGAGGUUUCUGAUCAGCUGGAGCGACACGCAGCAUCACCCCACGAUUUACCAGCAGCUUCUGAACAGGUUAUUACGGAUUUAAAGGGGAGAGAAAUGACACAGUGGGCACUAGCAACGCCACCAUCAAGCCCAUCGUUAUCACUUGGGUCUAGAAAAAGUUCAAUGUGCUCGAUAAGUUCGUUGAACAGUAGCUCAAGUGGUUCAUGCAAAAAUCAUCCAAAUUCAUGCACCCAUCAGUGGCACAGAUCAAUGUCCCAGCCAAUUGGUACGAGACCCUUCAGCAUCGCAGAUACGGGGACAACGACACUUAGACACUUGUCGAGUGGAUGUUCACGUGAUUCUGGAUUUACUUCACAGGAUACACUUUAUAGGCAACCUAUUUCUGAGCAUCAGGUUUCCAAUGUGUCUUCCCACAGUAAUCAAAGUAAUUGCCCAACGAAAUCUUCGACGAAUGCGACUUGGCCCGAUCUUCAAGAGACAGCGACUCUUGAAAGACAAGUUCAGCCGUCAGCAGUCAACGAGAGACCUCAUACAAUCUCCUCAGCAUACGAAAAAGGACAUCAGCGACCUGCACUCAGUGUUUAUACAUUCCAAGCACCCGAUCCUGGAUGCUGCCAUAGUCAGCCAGCAUCGCCAGUCUCAUCACCGCCCUCGAAUCCCCAGUUAGCACGUGUACAAAUGCGCAAAAACAGUGCUGGAAAUCUAAGGCCACCGAUCCCGAGCAGAUGCUCUAGUUUAGAAAGACCUGCCACUACGGGAGGAAAAAAUGAGGGGACUCCGACUAAUCGGGGGAAACCGAAGCUACCAUUACCCGCACAUUUAAUGAAAGGAAAUCAUCAACAGCAGCCCAUGUACGUAAAUAUGCACGAAUUGGCGAAUCUAGCUGCCAAUCGUGCUCAAGAGAUGCAAAUUCCAGCGGCUGCACCUAUAACCUCUGGCUCGACAGUUAGAGGACAAACGGCAAGCAGCAACAAUAAUGAAAAGACUGACACCGCAGCACCUGAAAAGGAAACAGGCAGCACAACGCCCGAAUCGAGUUUGGAAUCAAGCAGUGGUUACAGUAGUCAAUCAACACUGCCGACCUUCCAAGCCGUCCCAAGUCUCUGUGAGACUCCUGUUGCCCCUGGUAGCUCAUGCACAAUGCCGCGAAGAGGCUCUAUUCAACAAGCUAGACCACCGCCACCAGCACGUAGGACGUCAACAAUUAUUAGUGGUCAUUACUCGAGUACAACUGGAUCAAUGAUUGGAGCAAGUGGUGGAUUACUUGCUGCUACUGUUCUCGUUGCUGGGGAACAGCGUACAGAUACUACCAGUACGUGCGAUGAGACUGAAAAUCUCCCACCACCGCCUGCAUUUCUUCUGGAGGGGAACUCACCCGCCCCCAGCCCCACUCCACAGCGAUCGAUAUCUGUCUCGGAGACUGUCCGAACGCUGACAGAGCUUCGCCACACACCAGCCAGUCCCUCAUUUCUUCGAAAAGCAGCAAAUCAACCGCCAGCACAGCCCCAAGGAUCGUUCAACCAAAUAACCCACUCUACAUUCAUUGAACGUUCAAGUUCAUCUCGAAGAGUAUCAACUACAAGUAUGGAAUCAUCAUCAUCAGUAUCGUCUGGCCAAUAUCAAGGCCCAGGUGGUGUAGGCCAAGGUUUUAUGGCAGUGCUAAGUUCAAAAUUGAUAAAUACGAAUUUGAAUGUCAAUUCAAGUAGCAGUCCUAAAUCAACGCGAAAACAUAUCAAUGUAGAAACUAGCCAGGGCUCCAGAACGCCAGUUGGAUUUUUAGAGACAUUAAAUGCUAAAUUAGCAGCCCAACAGCAACAGGCCCAACAAGGUCAACAGCACUCGCCUCAAAUACUGCAGAUUCAGCAAGGGAGAUCAAAUACUACAAAUAGAUCAGCGAGCGUCAGACGAAUAAUGGCCAACAGAGUGCCGAUAAUUGAUCCUCAUCAAGUCCGCAGUUCACUUAUGGAUCAAAUAAGGCGAGGCACUUCAUUGCGCACGAGUGGCCCUAUAAACGAUCGCUCAGCACCACAAAUCUAUUAAAGAAAUUAGUUUAAAAGCUCUGUAGAGUCCCUCAUCAACAAAAGCUGAUCCUAGUUUCUAUUAUAGAGAUCAAUUCAAUUUACAACAUCGAUUUUUCUUUUUCAAUUGUUUUCCUUCAUCUUUGAAUUUCAUUCCGCUUGAUGCAUUCAUCAUAUUCCGCUCUGAAACUGCCAGAUCUUAUCUUCCUUUAUUUUUAUACAGGAUAUUUUCUUUGCUUUUAAGUUAUUGAAUUAUUUUUACGAUUUUGGAUGCAUGGGAGAGCAAUUCCAAUCCCAACGGAAUCCUCACGAGAUGCCUUACUCGUUCAGAGUAUCAACGAAUCAUCAUAAAAAUUCUCGUAAUCUCGCGUCGUUAAAAAAAAUAUUGCAAUUCAUUUUUCUGAUUGAGUUGAUUUUUGCAUCAUCGUGCGGAGAUAAUUGACAAUAUUAAAGGCGGAAAUGGAUGAUUAGUAAUAAUAUCGAUAACUCCAAUGUCCCCUUUACCAGUAUAAUGAAUUGGCAUCUCUCAUACAUCCAUAAAUAGCUUUUGUUGAAUCGGAGAUUUUCACGUCGUAUAUUCAAAGUUUAUUCAUGAGAGUGAAAAGCGUAUCGAUAUUCGGUGUUGAUUCAAUUGAUGUAUUCAAAAAAGAAAAUGAGAAUAAAAAUACUGAUAUAUCUUUU